CCACUUGUUCUAUGUCCUCCUCUCUCUCCUCCUUCUCAGAGGAGCAGCUCUGUCUCUCUCUCUCCGUGCACUUGUCUCUUCAGUCAAGAAGAAACUAAGUGAAGGAAAGAAUAGAAGAAAGAGGUUGUUGGAAAUCGAACAAACCAAAACUUUGAUUCUGCAGCAUGCCACAGAAAGAUUACAGAAGUCAAACAAGCUGGGAGACUGGUGUGGCCUCCAUGAUGCAAAACAGCCACAGUGGAGUAAACCAGCUGGGAGGUGUGUUUGUGAAUGGGAGACCUUUACCUGACUCUACCAGGCAGAAGAUAGUGGAGCUGGCACACAGCGGAGCUCGGCCAUGUGACAUAUCCAGAAUACUACAGGUAUCUAACGGCUGUGUGAGUAAGAUCUUAGGCCGGUAUUAUGAGACAGGUUCAAUCCGUCCUCGAGCCAUAGGAGGGAGUAAACCCAGAGUGGCCACUCCAGAGGUGGUGGGAAAAAUUGCUCAGUACAAGAGAGAGUGUCCAUCCAUUUUUGCCUGGGAGAUCAGAGACCGGCUGCUGGCAGAGGGAGUCUGCACCAACGACAAUAUACCCAGUGUUUCAUCAAUAAAUCGAGUGCUUAGGAAUUUGGCUAGCGACAAGCAGCAAAUGGGCACAGUGGGAACUGAAGGGAUGUUUGACAAACUCAAGAUGCUCAAUGCACAAAGCACCUGGGGAGGACGCUCAGGGUGGUAUCCUGGGACAGCCCUCUCUACCACUGAAUGUCCACAGGCAGAGGGAGGGGAGAACGCAGUAUCAGUUAGUUCCAAUGCUGAGGACUCAGAAGAGACUCAGAUGAGGCUCCAGCUGAAGAGGAAACUCCAGAGAAACAGAACAUCUUUCACACAGGAACAAAUAGAAGCAUUAGAAAAAGAAUUUGAAAGGACACACUAUCCAGAUGUGUUUGCCAGAGAACGCCUUGCCAACAAAAUAGACCUUCCAGAAGCAAGAAUACAGGUUUGGUUUUCCAACAGACGAGCAAAAUGGAGAAGAGAAGAAAAGCUGAGAAAUCAACGUCGUCAGGUGUCCAACUCGUCAAACCAUAUUCCAAUCAGCAGCAGCUUUAACACCAGUGUUUACCAGCCUCUACCACAACCUACUACACCAGUGUCCUUUUCAUCAGGAUCCAUGCUGGGAAGGUCAGAUCCAGUUCUGUCCAACAGCUAUAGCCUACCAGCAAUGCCCAGCUUCAGUAUGGCUGCCAGCCUGCCUAUGCAAACAUCCAACCAGACCUCUUAUUCCUGCAUGCUGCCCACCAGCCCCACUGUUAAUGGAAGAAGUUAUGAGACAUAUACUCCUCCACACAUGCAGCCACACAUCAACCAAUCAAUGACAUCAUCUGCAACGUCGUCAGCAGGUUUGAUUUCUCCUGGUGUCUCAGUUCCAGUUCAAGUUCCAGGAAGUGAAACAGACAUGUCACAGUAUUGGCCACGCCUGUAGUGAAGGAGAUCCUUCUGGCAAUUAUUCAUGCCUGUUGUGAUCAUCAACAGUGAAUGCAUCCACGGGACUGUAGGGGUCAUCAAAAUGGGAACUAUCCUUUCGUGCUCCAGUUUGAAUGUAAAAAACAAAAACAAAACAAAAAACCUCAGCAAAUAAGUAUGAAAUAUAAAUUACUCUCAUUAAUGCUAGUGAAGACACAGGACGCAAGGAGUUUUGGUGGUUUUCAGAAUUGGAAGAAUUUUAACGUUGCUGCAAAACAAUACAAGUUCACCUGUAACUGGAUCAAAGGUUUUGGGGGCAUUAUGUUCAUCAGCUACCAUUCAAAGUCUGGAUGUUGUGGAUGCUUUGUCCAGAAAGCAAAGCCGUUACCUGAGUGGUACUUAGGAAGCUCAGGAAAGUGGACCAUCAGCUGGUGAUUCUAAUCUCCAGACAGAAAUAAACUCCUGAAUGUCCACUGGGAGAGUUUGUGGGAAGACACAUUACCUCUACUUUAAGUUGGUAAUUUAUAUCAUACUGCCGUGUGUAGGAAACCAAGGAUAUUAACUGAAACGUAAAGGGAAGAACUUAAUGAAACUUGAAGCUGUCUGCUGUGAUUUUCUUUUUUUACAUAAGCAGAUUCUAAAAGCCUGGAUUGUGUAUAGAAUUUCAGAAUGAGAAUUCUGGUGAAAUGUGUUUUGUAUUGUAAAAGUCCCAACACUGGCAUGAACUCUGAUUUCAAACUGAAAAACUAUGUCUUUGUUGGGGAAAGAUUUUUCCAGUUCCAAAGUUCAAAUGUCCAGAAACUCAUCAAUUUACAAAGUCUGGAAGUAAAACACCGAAAAAAUAAAAGAGUGAACAUUAAACUCAG